AUGAGCGCAGCACGAGGUAAUGUCUCAGAAACUACAAAACGUAUGCAAAAGUAUAUAUUAGACGAGAUGAAUGAAUCUGGAAGUACAAAUAAAAUAAAUGCUUUGUAUAUGAAUGAAAUUUGCAAAGCCGUAUUUAAUUCUAAAAAUAACGAACGUCUCAAGUCAAAAAUAACGACAAAGGAUAGCAAGGCAAACUCUAUUGCAUUUCAAUUAGUUCAAAAGUUCUUACAAAAAUAUCAAAUUUUAGAUUUAACUAAAGAAGCAUUUAACAUGGAAAUUCAGCAAUCACAACUAAAAUAUGGAUCAAUGGGAAACAUACAAGAACUUAAAUUACAACAAACAUCAAAUCCAAUGAGCGAAUUAUUACAAUGGAACGAAGAGCAUGUCGAAGAGAAGAGACAAAUCGAAGAAGAAGAGCAAGCUAAAAAGAGAGCCAAAGAAGAAGCGCUUCUUGCAGAACAAGCUCGUUCAUCUCAAGGUUCUGGCAGAAAAGCAGCAAUUAUACAAGAAUCAGCAUUUGCAGAACGUGAAUUUGCAGUAUCAACACGCGAUGUACCACUUUCUCCUACUGGAGAGUCAUUUAAUCGCAUCAGAUUUGCUCCAGAAGCUCAAUCCGAGAUGCCACAUACAUCAUUCAGGUUUGUCAGACGUGAAACACAAUCUAUGCUUCCAGAAGGUGCUCGUUCUCCAAAAGGAGGCCCAAGAUCCCCGAAUGGAAAAUCUUACGCUCAAAUAUUCCCGAGAAGUGUCGUAAACACACCUUUAACAAACAAUAGAAGCGCUCCAUCAGUUGUUUCAGCUCAAACAGAAAGACCACGCAUAACUCCAAUGAAAUCUCAAAGAGAAAGGCCAAAACCAAUACAAACAGAUGCGCUUUCACAGUGA